GGGCAUGGCAUGGAGAUGGGCGGAGCCUCCGCCUCGUCCUGCCAGCAGCAUCAGCUGAGCGCUGCGCAAACGGUGGCUGCUCUUGAUGCGAUUGCUGCCGAUGCUGCCAAUGCUGCCGAUGCCGCUACUGCUACUGCUGCUGUUGCGUCGGAAUGCACUGGGGAAGGUAGCACUGGACGAGCCCAUGUGUUAGCCAUCGUCAGCAUCAUCAUCAACAUCAUCACCACCACCACCAUCAUCAACAACAUCAACGUCGUCGAUGGAGUUGCAGCUGAUGAUGCUGCUCCAGCUGAUGCUGCUGCUGCUGAUGCUGCUGCUGUGUGCUGCGACCGGGAGCGCGGAGUACUCGGCGGACCAGUGCAGCUGGAGGGGAAGCGGCCUGACGCACGAGCCUGGUUCGCGGUCCGUGGAGCAGCUCUACCUGCGCUGCUCGGAGGGCUCCAUCGAGUGGCUCUACCCGAGCGGCGCGCUGCGCCUCGUCCUCAAGCCCAACGUGCCGCCUGCCUUCCCGGGGGCGGCCGCCGCCGUCGCCUGCAUCAAGCCCUCCGAGGGCUUCCACGGCGCCAGCGUGUACGCCGACCGGGACGGCGCGCUGCAGCUCGUGAUGAGCGAGCGGGACGCGCGCGCCGACAGGACGUACUGCCUGCGCGCGGCGCCCGGCCGUCCGCUGGCCAUCUUCGUGCAGGCCACGCCGCAGACGGACAUCAGCAGGAAGGUGGCGGCGUUUCGCUACGAGCUGAGGGUGGGCGUCGGCGACGGUGGUGGUGAUGGUGGUGGUGGCGGCGGUGGGGCCUCCGACCUGCAGAGCUUCAUCAGAUCCAGAGUGGCAUGCAGACCUUGCAAUGACACGGAGCUGCUGAUGGCUGUCUGCACGAGCGACUUGGUGGUGAAGGGCUUCAUCAAGUCGGUGACUCACGACCGGGCGCACGGCGAGUCGCGGGUCGAGGUCAGCGCGCUGCACGUACUCCGCCAGAAGGACCAGGUGUUCUCGCCAGUGCGCGGCGGCGGCGGCGGUGGCGGCGGCGACGGUGGAACGGGGCGCACGGGCCGGGCCAUGGGGACGCUGCGGACGCCGCUUCGGUGCGGAGUGCGGCCCGGCGACGGCGCCUUUCUCUUCACGGGCAGCCUGCACUUCGGCGAGGCGUGGCUGGGCUGCGCGCCGCGCUACCGGGACUUCCGGCGCGUUUACCGCGCGGCGCACGCGGCCCGCCGCCACAUGUGCGAGGUGGACGUCGACUGAAGAGCAGGCGUGGGUGCACGGCACGACGCGGAAACAUCGCGGCCGCCCACACCUCCCACUGUGCCGGUGGAGGUGGUGGCGGCGGCGGCGGCGGCGGCGGCUCGAUGGCUCCUGAUGCUGGCUGCAGGUGGAGAGAAACUCUGCACUGGGUUUUCCAGAUGCAGGUGAAGUAUACUGCUGCUGCUCUAUGCGGGUGAUGGAUGUCAUGGAAUGCGGUGGCGGCAUGCGAUGAUAAUGGACUCUCAGCAGAGGAGGGUCUCUUGGAGAGACAUUACGUGGCCUUGAGAUUAGCCGUCCGGAAGAGGGGGCUUUGAUGUACCAAUACUCAGACAGUACGGUUGCUCAGUUUAAACUCCUGAGUGCGAUGACUGAAACCUGAUAAAAAUAGCAGGGUUAAGGAAUCAUAGAUCCACAGCAGUUAAAAUGACACUGGGCCAGGUCUUGACCAUAGCCAGUUGCCUUAACUGUUAAUGAGUAAAUCAAUGUUGAAAUAUUGAAAGUGUAUAUUUCUUAACAGAGCUGCUUCCGAAGUCAGACAUGAUGAUUCUUAUUGGGUUGUCUUUGCCCACAUGAGUGAAAAGUAAAAUUCAGUUGAUGCUUACCCAUGGUUUCGUUGGUCGAGCUGAGAGUUGUUAUUGGGAAAUAUUUUUUUUGUUUGUUCCAAACAAAAAGGACGUUGUUUUAUUCGUGUAAAUAUAUUUUCAACAAAGCAGAAGAAAACACAAAGAGGUCCUUGUCAGUGAUUCGUUUCGAUAAUUGAUCAUUAAUCAUGAAGCUGUGAGAUUGGUUUUCGCUCUGUUCAAAGGAGAAGCAUUGGAACAGCUGGGCCAUUAAAAUCACUUGGAGGGCCUUAUAUAAUUAAUCACCAUGAUUUGGCGAUUGAUGCGAUUUCUAUUGCUAGACGUAAGGCAGUAACAAAUUGUGCUGAAUUGUAAACGAUGCUUUUAACGUCCCAACCAAGGAGCUGCGUUCUGGGCGGUACAUGCCCCUGCGUCGACUGACCGCGCUAAUAGUUGUAAUUAUUCUUGUUUUUGGUCACUUUCUAAAGGUGUCACAUGAAAACGUUUGCACUAGCCCUUGGGGAAAAAUACGUUAAACUUUGAGCCACGGCAGCCUCACGCACAUACUGAUAGCUUUUUUUACAGACACGGUGUGCUUCAUCGGUCAACCAAGCCCAUCGUCACUUUCGGGCAAAUAAAACGAGUACCACUUUGUUACAAAGCAAUUGUGGUUGUCCUACGCAUAUUCCGGCCACUGCCAUGUGCAUAUGGAAUUGGCUUAGUGCUGCCAUUGGACGUUGAGGAAGGCAGAGGCACUGGCUUUUGAAUUCUGAAACCCAUGGAUGUGUGUACCUCCCUCCCCGCAGUGGCUUUGAUUCCUGUAGAUGCCCACUCCUGUCUCUAAGGCACACCAACACAAGCUGUUGCUGCAGAAACGAUCUGGCCAUGUCGAUAAUUCUGUUGGUUAUAGGUCAUGGGUUGGUGGGUCACAUAGACUUUAACUUGCGCAUGAGACUCCGAACUUCUUGCAGGUUUGCAAAGUGGUCUGGCGAUAGCAGUACAGCAAAGAGGUUUGAAACCUAUAUUAAUGGAUUUUUAAACGUGCAUUUCCCCUUCCACCUAUAAUACGCUCAUUAAGGAUUCGACGUUAAGUGAAACGGUGUCUGGAUAGAAUUCAACUCCCAACAUAGAAAUGCCACUCUCAGGCUCCUAGCCAUUGUGGGGCAUUAUCGCAGGAGCGACUGGUCUCAGGCAUGCCAGGUGUUGGGUUUUAAGCCCCAAGUGAUUGUGCUCAAUAUAUCUUGGAUCAGGAGAGAUAUAUGUACAAACCUCUCCUCCACUGUACAACCACUGUACAAUGAAGCUUGUACCAAGGCCGUGCCUAGUCAACCCAACGCAGUCGAAGAGGCUCCAGGCUGUUUUUCCACUGCAAAAGACGAGCCGUGCUGCAGACGUCACAUAGCAAGGAACGAGUCACGAUGCAUGCAGAUGACGCGCGCAGUGGUCGUGUCCCCACAGUGUACUGACUGACAACAUCCGCAAUGAACUCUUUAACUUUCACUUUGGGACUUGAAAACUGAGCAAGCCUUGGUAAUCAACAAAACAUUUGGAGGUUUUUUUUCUUUCCCCACGCUUUAUUUAUACAUUGACUCUGAAGUUUUGGUCGAAUAUUUUUUUGUUCUCAUUCCAAUGACAGUCACCACCUUAUUGCAUUGAGGUUUGCUGUGUACAUGUGAAUGAAUGAAUGCAAAUGCGUGUGUGUGCUAAAUCCAGCCGCAAUCAGACAGACGUUUGACACACGCAUAAGUUUUGUUGUUCUUAAUUCAUCAAACGAGUACGUAAUGGUCUAAUGGAAUAUUUUUGUAAGUUAUUUCGUUUCCCCCCAUCAAUUAAUGUGUCAUUUAAUCAGGGUUGACCGUGUGCAGGAUUAUAUGGAGAUCUAAAUAUGAAUGAGAACCGUGAAAUAAUUUUAACUCUAAUCAAAACACCCUGCAUUGAGCUUGUCAGCAUUUUUGUAUUAUUAUGGAAUGCACUAGAACAGUUCUAACACUGCCUUUGGUUAGAUAUGGAUAGCCUGUAAUUAAUGCAACGUUUUAAAUGCUUUUUUUGUUUCUUCUGAUGCACACUAUUGCUUGUCGAGUCACACAAUAGAAGGCCACAGGUCUGCAUGGUAUACGGGGUUAUUCAGUAAGGGUGCAAGAGUUGUUGUUUUUAGCAUUUACUGUACGUUGUGGAAUAACAAAAACAAAGUUUAUUUCAAAAGAAAAUAUGGCAACGCUUUGGUGGCCUUAUUUUGUUGGCGGACAAACAUAUACGCCUCUGUCAAGUUUGGUGGACAACCACCAAGUUGGCACAUGCAGUUUCGGCAAUUUAUUCCCACCGCAUAUUGGCAAAAAACUACCUUUCCUCCAACAAAUUGCAGUAAUCAAGCCCUGGGUUCAACCCACGUGGUUCAGUUGUUGCAUGAGAUUCAUGUUUUACAAAAAAAAUACGUGAUGGCAAGUAACGUGUUACAAUUACCAUGCUGUUGUAACUGGAAAAACCAAAGGGAAGGUACACGGAAAUCUUGUAUUAUUACACCACUUUCAGUAUGUACACAGAUUACUAUUACAUAGCCUGUACUGGAUGAUUGCUUUUUGUAGUUAUAUAAAAUCUAUUUAAGUUCUGAAAUUAAUUUCAAAAACAAUUACAUGAUGGUCGGAAUGACCACGUGAGCAGCUGCCUAGGAUCAUGAGGCGAGUGCAGCAGGCAACGCAGAAAGUUCACAAUUACAAAGGAGAUAAAUGUAAAAGUAUCAUUGUAUCACGUAAAAUUUCGUUUAAAAAAAAGUUAAAUAUAACAUUUCGGUACAUUAAUUCUAAAACCUUGGGUAAUGAGCAGUCAGUGGCUGAAUAACUUCACUCACAACACUGAUCUCAUCUCGGUUCACCUAUUCUCACUGCGUCUGUGCAGGGGAAAAAGAAAAUAGUUUAUCGUGACAAAUGAUGGGGUCCUUGCUUAAGCAGUUAUUUAUUUUCAUUGGUGGCUGUGUUGGCGAAGGCGAUGUGCGAAAAGUGUGAAAAAUGCGGACGAGUGUAUGUUGAACUUCUUUCGCACCGUACGUAGCCAACCGUGCUAAUGGCAGGUGCGGGGAGGCACAACUUGGCUGCUUAGAUGACUCUAAGACAAUGAUGGGAAUCAGCUCUCGGGGUUGUUUUUUUUUUGCUGACUAAAGCUGUGUAUCACAUGUGCUGAAUUUAUUGUACAUAUGCUACUUUGUAAAAAAAAAAACACCCAAAGCAAACUUGUUAAAAGUGUCAUAUUGACACGUUAAAGAAAGUGUACAUUUCUAUAAUUUGUAUAGAUAAAUAUACGUGUUGUCUUGUGAAUUGUUGUAAAUGUUGGAAACAAAUCUGUAUGUAUUGUCCUUUUGAUUUUUGUUGCUUUUUUCCCUUCAAAAUUAUGCUUUAAAAAUAAUAAAAUAUAUGAAUUCAAUUUA